AUGACAUUGCUUCGCCACCACCUCCACGAGAGUCUUAAGAAUGAGUAUUUGACCGUGGAAGAUCCAGUCGUUCUUUGGAGCGAUCUGAAAGAAAGGUAUGAACACCAGAAAACGGUGAUUCUACCAAGAGCCCGGUAUGAUUGGGUGCAGUUAAGGCUUCAAGACUAUAAGUCUGUAAGUGAGUACAACUCCGCCUUGCAUCUAAUAGCCUCUAAAUUGGCACUAUGUGGUGAAAAGGUCACGGAAGAGGAUAAGUUAGAGAAGACUUUCUCUACCUUCCAUGCCAAUAAUGUGUUAUUACAAACACAAUACCGUGAGAAAGGGUUUACGAGGUAUUCCCAAUUAAUUUCAUGCCUUCUUGUGGCUGAAGAGCAAAACCAGUUGCUGCUGAAAAAUCACGGUUUGCGUCCAACCGGAUCUGCCCCGCUCCCCGAAGCGAACACGGCAUCAUUCGGUAGGAAAGAGCAUAACAGUGCCAAUAACUAUGGUCGUGGACGUGGAUAUCAACGUGGUCGCGGUCGCGGCCGUGGUCGUCGACACGAGUAUGGUCGAGGCCGAGGAGUAUCUUUUAAGAACUCUUCUAAGAAGUGGACUGGUAACAAACAAGAGAAAUCUCCAAGUGUUUGUCAUCGAUGUGGAGGAGAUGACCAUUGGGCUAAGAGAUGCCGGACACCAAAACACCUUGUUGAUCUUUAUCAACAAUCCCUAAAGCAAAAGGGCAAGAAGGUGGAAGCAAACUUGGUGUUUGAAGAUGGCGAAGAGGAUUUUGGUCAUGAUGGUGUUACUCACAUGGAAACUUCUGACUUCCUUGAGGAGUAG